AUGAGAUUCGGAACCGCUAUUGCCACACUGUGCCUAACGGCUUUUACAUCUGCAACUACAAACACAAGCUAUAUCAGCAAUGAUCAAGCACUAAAUGCGUUUAAUGACACUCACUUUUGUAAACUAGAUAGAAACGAUAAUGUUAGCCCCAGUUGUAAUGUGACUUUCAAUGAGCUGAACGCCAUAAACAAAAAUAUUAGAGAUGAUCUAUCGGGACUACUAAAGUCCGACUUCUUCAAAUACUUCCGACUAGAUCUGUACAAGCAAUGUUCCUUUUGGGACGCCAACGAUGGGCUGUGCCUAAAUCGCGCUUGUUCCGUUGACGUGGUAGAGGACUGGGACAAACUGCCUGAGUACUGGCAACCCGAGAUCUUGGGUAGCUUCAAUAACAACACAAUGAAGGAAGCAGAUGAUAACGACGAUGAAUGUAAAUUUCUCGAUCAGCUAUGCCAAACUGGGAAAAAACCUGUAAAUAUCGAGGAUACCAUUAAUUAUUGUGAUAUAAAUGAUUUCAAUGGGAAAGAUGCCGUUUUGAUUGAUUUGGCAGCGAAUCCAGAACGAUUCACAGGUUAUGGUGGCAAACAAGCUGGCCAAAUUUGGUCCACUAUCUACCAAGAUAACUGUUUCACGAUUGGUGAAACUGGUGAGUCGCUAGCGAAAGAUGCAUUUUAUAGGCUUGUAUCUGGAUUCCACGCCUCUAUUGGUACCCAUUUAUCAAAAGAAUAUCUAAACACAAAAACUGGUAAGUGGGAGCCAAAUUUGGAUCUGUUUAUGGCAAGAAUCGGGAAUUUCCCCGACAGAGUGACGAACAUGUAUUUCAAUUAUGCCGUCGUGGCCAAAGCUCUUUGGAAAAUUCAGCCCUACUUACCAGAAUUUUCAUUCUGUGAUUUGGUCAAUAAAGAAAUCAAGAACAAGAUGGAUAACGUUAUUUCUCAACUAGACACAAAUAUUUUCAACGAAGAUUUGGUUUUUGCGAACGACCUAAGUUUGACUCUAAAGGACGAAUUCAGAUCCCGUUUCAAGAAUGUCACAAAGAUUAUGGAUUGUGUGCAGUGCGACAGGUGUAGACUGUGGGGGAAAAUUCAAACCACCGGUUACGCCACUGCUUUGAAAAUCCUAUUUGAAAUCAAUGAUGCUGAUGAAUUCACCAAACAAGAUAUUGUUGGUAAACUAACCAAAUAUGAGUUGAUUGCUCUGUUACAGACUUUUGGUAGAUUAUCAGAAUCCAUUGAAUCUGUCAACAUGUUUGAAAAAAUGUACGGAAAAAGAUUGAACGGGACCGAAAACAGAUUAAGUUCUUUCUUUCAGAACAACUUUUUCAGCAUUUUGAAAAAGGCUGGCAAAUCCAUUCGUUAUACCAUAGAAAACAUCAACAAUACUAAACAAGAAAAGGAAGAAAAUGACAGUUCACAGGCACAUGCUUUUGACGAUUUGAAGGUACCUCAACCAAAAAGCGUUUCAAAGCCUGCCGCUGGUGUAGAAAAUAAAUGGAAAAAGGGCUGGAAUACUGAGAUUAACAAUGUUUUGGAAGCAUUCAAUUUUAUUUAUAGAAGCUACAUGGAUUUGCCUAGGAACAUAUGGAGACUAACUAUGACGAACGCUUACAAAUUCUGGAAUAAAUUCAUUGGUGUUGCCGAUUAUGUUAGCGAAGAAAUGCAAGAGCCAAUUUCUUAUAAGCUCGACAUAAAAUAA